AUGGUUUCUGCGGGAUCCUUGCGCGCCCAGCCGGAUCAUCUUUGCAAUCCAAAAAGCGGGCGAAGCCGACAUCAACCUGAGAUCCCAGUUUCACUUUCUUUUCUCAACCGCCACCAUGAGUGUCAUCAAGACAUGCUCUCCCUGUCUACACCGGGGCAGAAUCUUUCAGGCCAUCGCUGUCUAAGAGGCGCAUUUAUUUGCCCCUGUGAUUACCGAGAAUGCCCUACAGUGCCUCAGCCGGGAUGGACCAGCGACGCUGCCCCUCAAACCUCAAUCGCCGCGGUUUCUCAUGUCCCCUCACAGCAGAUUGCCCACGACCAUGCCGAUCUUAUCCAAAAUGUCAGUCAACUCUACCAAACCCUCGUGGAUAUGCAGUAUAUCCAAGGAAAUGAUAUUCUGCGACCACCACAGACAUGGGCGCAGUUGAAUCUGGCUGCUCUAGUCGAUCCUGGAUACCGCCCAGACACUAUUGCGCUCUUGCUUCAAAUGCCACAUAUCAGGUCGAGCUCCGUGGAGAUCGCGCCACAGGAAACCCUUCCUUUUCCUUACCUCAACCUUAGGGACCUCCACACAGUGUCAGGCACCAACAACCCACGCGACCCGCUGGACCACCCCGACGAAGAAAACUGGACCAUCCCACCAUGGGCAUUCUUUUUCACGCGCCCCGCAGCGCAUCGUGAGGUAGACUUUGCCUACUGUCGGAUCUACGAUGCUAGAUCCAAAUCGCUUGGGCUUUGGUCAGACUCCUUACGCCGACUUGACAAUGAACCCCCACGCGCGCUUUUCCUCAUCGAUGCACGGUCACCAGGGGAAGUCAUCGGUGAAUGGAUUGGGGCCCUGAAGUCUCUACAAUGGGUUCCGUCGCUUUCACAGGCAGAGGGGAAAAUUUAUACCCCCGGCCAGCGAGAAGUCUUAGACCAGAUGCUAGGGUUGGCGCAGACAAUGCCAGCUGGAUUUGUGGACGGGCUUAUCGGAGUUGAGAGACGGCGAAAUAAUAUGUACUGGGCACAGAGGCGUUUGUAUGAGGAGUGUGGAUGGCCUGAUCACUUGCACCCGGGGGAACUUACGCGACGGAGAGCGGAGUGGAAUGAGACUGUGGCCCGGUUGUCGGGAUCUCCAGAUGAACUAGAAAAUUAUUAUCGUCGUCUCGCGGGAGAGCACGCUAUUUAA